ACGAGAAUAUAACACCUAAAAUAAGACGGUGAGAUAGGAGUAUUUUGUUUGUCCGGACGUUGAGAAAAGGUCUAUAUAAGCUCUCAUUCUUUAGGAAGAAGAACAGCACAACUCAAAAGAGUAUAACAUUGAGAUAAGUAAAAAGGUGUCUUAGAGAGGCAUGAGUAUGGAUCUAGCAGUGGUAGACUAUGGUUCGUACAAGACGAGACCAUCAGCGCUUCUGAACUCUGUGUUUAUGACGACUGUAAACGCAGCGGCAAAGACUCUUGUGGCGGUGGCAUCAAAUGCGAAGGCAGCAGACCAGCAAUCGGAAAAGUGGAGACCAGCAGACCACAUGAGGUUCAUGUUGAUGCUCAUGACUUGGUUGGCUGUUUGGGUUCUUAGGGUAUUAAUGGAUCACUGUCCUUUUGCUACUGGUUCUUCCUAUUCACUUGAUGGGACUUCUUCCUCCCUUGAUCUGAUGACGCUGCCAUCUUCUUCAACUGGGACUUCUUGUUUUGAUUUGGUGCUUCAUGAUGAUUCUAGUAUACAAGCUCCUUCUGCUAGAGCACUUGGUAGAGCUCUCACUCAUAUACUAGUGUUGCUAAAUGAGAUUCCAGCCUCCUCGAGGAAGUACCAGUUUGCACUUGGGAUGGCCGACAAGAUCGUAGAUGAGAACACCAGAUGCGGACACUUAGAGAUGCUCCAAGUCAAUCGUGCUGCCCUGGCUUCAGCAUUUGCGCGUACAUCUGGACUUUUGUAUAGCUCUUUAAAGAGGCCCCGUAUGUCGGAGGAUUCAGGGACGUGGCCUUCACGCAUUCUUCGAUCCCUCCCUUUGGGAUCUUUUGUGGUGUCGUCACUUAAAGGUCUUGGCACAUUUUUCCCAUGGGUGGGAAGUGCCACGAGCCUCUUGCAGAAUAAGAGGCAGGUGGCUGUUCGUGUUCAUGAGGAGAGUGUGAAUGACUUGGCAGCUGAGAAACAUGCGCAGGAGUUGCUCUGGAUAACAAGUAAGAUGGUUGAGUGUGGUGCUGUGGAUGAAGCUUUGGUGCAAUGGAGUCUAUCUUCUGGCUUGGCUUCUAUUUCUCUCUCGUCUUAUCCCAGGGUGCAAGGAUUCAUUGUCAAGAUCACAGCGAUAUUAUUUGCAGAGCUUAACAGAGUUAAACAUGAAGUUCCAAGGCAAGUGAAAUUCAACAUACUGGUGAUUUGGCUUCCGUUAUUGUGUUAUGCAGAUAACGGACUUUCAUAUCCAGUAUUGACGGGAUAUGAGAAGGCCGAGAUGGAGAAGACAAUGAACGAAUUGAUAUCUACGCUACCUACCAUCGAUCAAGAGGUUAUUCUCGCCAACUGGCUGCAAGAUUUCACGACGACAUCUUCGGACUGGCCAAAUCUCCAUAGGUCAUAUGACUUAUGGACUCAUUCUACUCGCGAGUUCAUUUCAGGAGAUGCGCAUGAAGGAGGGCAACUUUGUGUCUUCUAGUAUCUAGUGUAAUGUUUCGGAAUAUGUAAUAGUUGUACGUAGGAUCUAAGUUUUUCGGUUAAGAAUCGGGGGUUAAAUUUGUACGUAUCAUCUGAACAAAAGUGUCAUUUGGUAGCUUAGUGCACUCGAGUUCAGUUUUCACUUUUGGUCAAACUCUUAGUUUUAGGUGGCUAUCCUUGAUGUUCUUUAGCGGUUGCAUCUCCUUAUAAUUAAAUAAAAAUCUACCUAUAUAU